UCAUAUAUUUUUAGAAAUAUAUGCGUACUAAUUUUCGUUGUGAUGAGGCUUUUUUCACAAAUAACCGCCUUUUGGAUUCUGCUUAUCAAAGCACUUGCGGAGAACGGUUCAUAGUUUAACCACAAGUUGGUUUCGAGGACAUUUCCAUGAAAAUAUAUCUCGACAAUAUCUGAAAAUGACUGGUCGAGCGCGUGCGAGAUCAAGAGGCAGAGCACGCGGUCAGGAGACUGGGCCACUUGGAGCUGCUGCAGCGCCAGCUCCCGCUCCUGUUGAAGCUGAGCUGGUAGGUAGAGGAAGGCAGAAAGAAGCACCAGGAGCCUCCCAUCCAGAAGCUGUUCAACAAAUUUCAGCAGGAUUCCAGCAGGUGAAGCUCGGCGACAGAGGUCGUCGCCGCCGUGAUUUCCAUGAUGCUGGGGUUAACACCAGACAGACUAUGGAGCAUGUCAAGGAGUCAAAGUCUGGCACAAGUGGUCAUGCCAUUCAGUUGUCUGCGAACUACUUCCGCAUUUUCUCCCGCCCUCAAUGGGUCUUGUAUCAGUACCAUGUGGACUACAACCCCCCAAUUGAGUCUUCUCGCCUUAAAUCUGCACUCCUCUUCCAUCAUGGGACAAUAUUUGGCCCAGCACGGACCUUUGAUGGAUCUCUGCUUUUUCUGCCCCACAGACUGGAAAAGAAGGAGACUGUGCUUUGCAGCGAGACAAGGAAUGGCGAGAAGGUCCAGAUAACAGUCACACUGACAAAUGAACUGCCACCAACAUCACCAGUGUGCAUUCAGUUUUACAAUAUCAUAUUCAGAAGGAUCUUGAGACUUCUCAACAUGCAGCAGAUUGGACGCAACUACUACAACCCCAAUGAUCCACUCAGCAUUCCACAGCACAGACUGACUAUUUGGCCAGGCUACGCCACCACCAUUUUGCGGUACGAGUCAUCCAUCAUGCUGUGCACUGAUGUGAGCCACAAGGUGCUGCGUAGUGAGACGGUCCUUGACUUCAUGGUUAACCUGAGACAACAGGUUGGAAAUCAACGCUUCAAUGAUAUUUGUACUAAGGAGCUUGUUGGACUCAUUGUGCUCACCAAGUACAACAACAAGACUUACAGAGUUGACGACAUUGCAUGGGAUCACACUCCUAGAAACACCUUCAAGAGGGGAGAUGUAGAUAUCAGCUUCAAGAGCUACUUCAAGAAUCAAUAUGGACUGGACAUCUCUGAUGACAACCAGGUGCUGCUAGUCAGCCACGUGAAGAAGAUUGGUCCAGCUAGAGCCGCUCCCCAGGGCCCAGCAAUGCUUGUUCCAGAGCUGUGUUACCUUACAGGGUUGACUGACAAGAUGAGGGCUGACUUUAAUAUUAUGAAAGACUUGAGCACCCACACUAGGCUGUCCCCAGAGCAGAGGGAGAGCCGCCUUAACCGAUUUGUCUCCAGUAUUCGGAGGAAUGCUACUGCACAAGAAGAACUGGAGAAGUGGGGACUCCGCUUUGAUGAGGAACUUCUAAAUCUGGUUGGCAGAGUCCUUCCAGCAGAGAGGAUUUUCCAGGGAUCAAGAUCGUAUGAGUACAACCCAUGGGUAGCUGAUUGGUCCAAAGAGAUGCGAGGGGUACCGCUGAUCAGUUCUCCUCCUCUGCAAAAUUGGCUCGUUUUUCACACCCGCCGAACCGGCAACGAGGCGCAGUCUCUCCUGCAGACUCUCCAGAGAGUCUCUGGUCCAGUUGGUAUCCAGAUGCAGAGACCCAUCAUAAUUGAGUAUGAGGAUAAUCAGGAGUCCCUCCUCAGAGCUCUGCAGCAUAAUGUUGGACACCAAACGCAGAUGGUGGUGGUGGUUCUCCCCAACAACAGGAAGGACAAGUAUGAUGCCGUCAAGAAGUAUCUUUGUGUGGACUGUCCUACUCCCAGCCAGUGUGUGUUGUCACGUACUCUCAGCCGACCCCAGGCACUCAUGACUGUGGCAACCAAAAUUGCAUUACAGCUAGCUUGUAAAAUGGGAGGAGAACUCUGGAGUGUAGAAAUCCCUCUCAAACAACUCAUGAUUGUAGGCAUUGACUGCUAUCACGACAUUGCUUCUGGGAAAAGGUCCAUUGGCGCGCUAGUAGCCAGCCUUAACCAGACCAUGAGCAGAUGGUUCUCGAAGUGUAUUCUGCAGGAAAAAGGACAAGAAAUUGUGGAUGAACUAAAAAAGAUCUUAAGUGCUGCACUAAAGGACUACUAUAAAUUCAACAACUGCUUGCCUUCCCGCAUCAUUGUUUACCGAGAUGGUGUGGGAGACGGACAGCUGCACAGCGUGGUCAACUAUGAGGUUUCACAGAUCAUAGAUGCCAUAAAGUCAAUGGGAGAAAACUACAUGCCCAAGCUGAGUGUGAUCGUGGUGAAGAAGCGCAUAAGCAGCAGGUUCUUCUCCCACUUCAAUGACAAAGUGUCCAACCCUCCCCCAGGCACCGUUGUUGACAGUGAGGUGACCCGUCCAGAGUGGUAUGACUUCUACAUUGUGAGCCAGGCUGUGCGCUCUGGCAGUGUUUCCCCAACACACUACAACGUUGUGUACGACACCAGUGGACUGAAGCCUGAUCAUAUGCAGCGCCUUACCUACAAACUCUGCCACAUGUACUACAACUGGCAGGGGAUCAUCAGAGUGCCUGCUCCCUGCCAGUACGCCCACAAGUUGGCUUUCCUUGUGGGUCAGAGCAUCCACAGGGAGCCUAAUGUGCAGCUGGAUGACUUACUCUUUUAUUUGUAAGGGUUCUGUUUUUUUUGUGAAGAAUGUCAUGUGAAAGGUUUUAUUUUAUGUAUAGAAAUUUAAUUCAAACGUGACAAGUUACUGCAUCAGACUGAAGUUGAGUUCGAGCAUCCGCUAGGAGCCCAACGUGCAGCUGGAUGACUUGCUCUUUUAUUUGUAAGGUUUUGUGUUGUUGUUUUUUUGUUUUGUUUUUUGGGUGAAGAAUGUCAUUGAAGUUUUGUGUGUAGAAGUUCAAGUCAAGUAUGACAAGUUACUGCUGUUUGAGCAUCAGACUAAAGUUAAAGUCUAAGGCUCAUGUUUUGCCUACUGAUUCCAAUAAACA